AUGGGCAAGAUCUGUCCGCUGAUGGGACCAAAAAUGUCGGCCUUCUGCAUGGUCAUGUCGGUGUGGGGAGUGAUCUUCCUCGGACUUCUCGGUGUGUUCUUCUACAUUCAAGCCGUGACCUUGUUCCCAGAUCUUCAUUUCGAGGGAGAGGGAAAAGUUCCAUCGAGUGUGAUCGAAGCCAAAUACAACGAGAAAGCCACCCAAUGUUGGAUCGCCGCCGGACUCUACGCUGUGACACUGAUCGCUGUCUUCUGGCAGAAUAAGUAUAAUACGACGCAAAUUUUCUAA